AUGACUAGCAUUAUUAGGAUUGGUGAUUACGUGAUGGUGGUGCGAAUGGCCCGUCGCAUGUUGCAGAAACGUCAUGCCACGACGUACGAGCGACCAGAGCUGAGUGAAGAAGAAGUCGUGGAGAUUCGAGAGGCUUUUGGUCUUUUUGAUACGGACGGUAGCGGCAGAAUUGACGUGAAAGAACUCCAUGCGGUCAUGCAAUCGCUAGGUUUUAACGUCAAGAAUCAGAUCAUUGACGACGUCGACAGUGGAUUUAUUAAUUUUGAGGAGUUUCGGGAUCUGAUUAGCGCCAAAAUGAGUGACAAGGAUUCGAGAGAAGAUAUUCAAAAGGUAUUUGAGCUCUUUGAUGUUGACGAGACGGGCAAAAUCUCGCUGCACAAGCUCAAACGCGUGGCUAAAGAACUGGGAGAGACAUUGACAGAUGCCGAGCUGUUGGAGAUGAUUGAGCGCGCUGAUACGGAUCAGGAUGGAGAGAUAAAUGCCGACGAGUUCUACGCCAUCAUGACCAAGACGACUUAUACGUAG